CUCUCUCUCUCUCUCUCUCUCUCUCUCUCUCUCUCUCUGCUUCCAGCUCUCCCGAAUUGAGAUUUCUUCCUCAAAUCCAAGGUGAGGAUCUGAUAUAUUUGGCAGGCAGUUGGAAAAUUAACUGAUUGCUAUUCAGUUUCUUGUCCGCAUAAGUUUCAGCUAAUCUUCUUCAGUUUUCUCUGGGUUAUCAAAGAGGAAAACCUAGGGAAUGCUGAAAGAUGUGCUUCAAAGUUGAAAACUCUUCUUCAGUGAUUGGUGAGAGUGUAGCUCUGUUUGAGCUGCCCUUGUUUAUCAAGGAUGAGAUUGGACAAACUCACAGCCCUUCCUGCUUGUAUGCUCAAAUGCCGACUGCAGUAGUCAAUUUGAGGGGGUACCUCUUGUCAAAACAUUAUGUUGAUGAGGAUGGUUGAUCUCAUAGCCUUUUAAUUUCCUGAGAAUAGUUCCUAUAUCAUAUUCUAAGCUAUCAUAUACAAGUAAGUUCUACUGUGUACAAGAAUAGAAGCCAGAGAUGGAAAACAAAGGGAGUGUGCUGAUGCAGCGAUACGAACUGGGGAGGUUAUUAGGCCAAGGAACCUUUGCCAAGGUCUACCAUGCUAGGAACCUCAAAACCAACAUGAGUGUGGCCAUAAAGAUAAUUGACAAAGAGAGGAUCUUGAAGGUCGGGAUGAUUGAUCAGAUCAAGCGUGAAAUUUCUGUGAUGCGGUUGAUUAGACAUCCAAAUGUGGUGGAGCUUUAUGAGGUGAUGGCCAGCAAAACCAAGAUUUACUUUGUCAUGGAGUAUGUCAAAGGUGGUGAGCUCUUCGACAAGGUCUCCAAAGGCAAGCUAAAGGAGGAUGUUGCUAGGAAGUACUUUCAACAGCUCGUCAGUGCUGUUGACUACUGCCAUAGUAGAGGUGUAUACCAUCGUGAUCUGAAACCAGAAAACCUACUUUUGGAUGAGAAUGGAAAUCUAAAGGUUUCAGAUUUUGGACUGAGUGCCCUUGGUGAAUCCAAGCGCCAAGAUGGAUUGCUUCAUACAACCUGUGGGACUCCUGCAUAUGUUGCCCCAGAAGUAAUAAACAGGAAAGGCUAUGAUGGUGCCAAAGCUGACAUUUGGUCAUGUGGGGUGGUAUUGUUUGUUCUAUUGGCUGGCUAUCUUCCAUUUCAUGAUGCAAAUCUGAUGGAGUUGUAUAGGAAGAUUGGUAAGGGGGAAUUCAAAUUCCCUAACUGGUUUACUCCUGAAGUACGCAGGUUGCUGUCAAAGAUAUUUGACCCAAAUCCAAAUACUCGGAUAUCUUUGUCUAAAGUAAUGCAAUCUUCUUGGUUCCGAAAGGGGCUGGUCCAGAAACCUGCAAUUGUUGAAUUACCAGUGAAAGAGCUUGCCCCUCUGGAUGCUGAUUCCAUUUUUGGACCUGGUGAAGAUAACAAUUCUGUGACAGAGGCAAAGCAAGAAUUAGUGCAGAAGCCGUCUAACUUGAACGCUUUCGAUAUCAUCUCCUACUCCGCUGGCUUUGAUUUGUCUGGACUGUUUGAAGAGGCUGAACAGAAAAAAGAAGUGCGGUUUACAUCCAACAAAACUGCUUCAACCAUCAUCAGCAAGCUGGAAGACAUAGCCAAGCGUCUGAAACUCAAAAUCAAGAAGAAAGAUGGAGGGUUGUUAAGAAUGGAAGGGUCCACGGAAGGCAGGAAAGGGGUUUUGGGCAUUGAAACUGAGAUCUUCGAGAUCACCCCGUCUUUUCACUUGGUGGAGGUGAAGAAGUCUAGUGGAGAUACAUUAGAGUAUCAGAAGGUCAUGAAAAAGGAGGUAAGACCAGGUCUCAAGGACAUUAUUUGGACUUGGCAAGGGGAGCAACAGCCGCAGCAACAAGAGCCACCACAACCAGAGCAGCAAGAGCAACAACCUUUGACGCUCCCAGUUCAAGUAGCCUCUCCCCAGGAGGCAUAAUCCCAGCAAGGGAAGAUUGUAGUGAAUUUGAUUGUAGUAUUUCUUGGUUUAUUCUUGAGAAGCUUUAGUCAUUGUGACGAUUACAAAUCAUUAAUGCAUUAAUUUGAACUUGUUUUC